AUGCCUGAACAAAUCGCUCAUAAAAAGUCAUCGAGUGUUAAAAUAAGUAAUAAGGACAAAAGGCUGUUGCUGAAGGAAGUGUAUAAGUUGGAUGAUGAAGCAAAUGGCACAUUAAGUGGAAAUGAUCAAGAUGGCAAUAAAAAUCAAACUUCAAAUAAUAACGAUGCUGUCCCUAUGAAUGACGCCAAACCCACAGCUCAAUUGACUUCGAAUGAUAUGGAUUCCGAUAAUGACGAUACUCUGGAGGUUGAGAAUUUAGAGGGAAAACCCCUGAAUGAAUUGGAGUUUAAAGACCUUCUGCAUAUCCAUAACAGAUUACUAAGAAAAGAAACUGAUACUAAUAAUUCAAUUAAAAAUGUCAUAUAUGAUAACUAUUAUGAUUUAAUUAAAGUCAAUGAUCUAUUGAAGGAAAUGACUGAUGACAAUCACACGAAGCUUGAACAACUAAGGGUUACUCUAGAGUAUAUAACGAAAUGA